GUGGGAUUUGGCAACACUGCGAGUUGCGUUUGUCACGCCAAGGUACCUUUCACUUUGUUUGCGAAUUGUGUCAGCUAUGUGGUAUGUAUUGUUUUUGGUGUCAUAGUGAUGGUUUGGAAAAAUGACUAAUGCAGGAGAUAUGAACCCAGCCAUGAUGACCUCAGAUUGUAGCUUAUCAGAAACUGACUUCAGUGACAUCACAGCAGCAGUAGAAUCCAUAGAAGGAGUAUUUAAGCAGGCUAAAUGGGUUCAUGAAAAGUGUGUUGGAAAGAGAGGUGAAUGGACAACAAAACUCUCAAGUGCUGAGUCAGAGGUCCACCAAGCUGUUCAUGAGCAAUUCGGUAAAGCAUUAUCAUAUCUGGAACUUUUGGAAGACCAGUUUAAAACGGAAAUAAGUGAAGUCUUCAGUAAGAGACGGGUGAUGAUUGAAGAAAAACUAGAUGAGAUUGAUUCUCUACAAACUUAUCUUAGCAGAGUCAUGUUUACUACCAUGGGACGAAUCAAAGCUGCCAAGGAAUGUAAAGACCUACCUUUCCAAGAGGCCAACACAUUGCUAGAUAUCGCAGGAAAAAUUAUGAUGGAGAUUAAAAGUGUUGAAGUUGUACCAAAAAUCACCUUCCACAAAGCUGAAGAGUUCUUUAAUGAUGAAAAUCUGCCGAGAUUUGGAUAUUUAGCAACGCUGGAAGUAUUGCCACACCAAGUUGUUUUACUUUAUCCUAACAACAUUGUUUGUGGGCCAGUAGUAUUUGUUGUUCAGGUUCCUCAGACAAGGUUUAUGAAGACACUUACCAAGUCAAUAGAGAGUACAAUUCAAGUAGGUGAGAGAGAUCCUGAAAAUCUAAGGGUGUAUCAGCGUAAUAACAACCUAGAAAUAGUCCUGAAUGUUGAGAACAAGGAAACCCACGUUCUUAGUGUAAAGCUUUACCAUCAACAUGUAGUGGGUAGUCCAUUCAUGUUUCACCCAACAUCUAACAAACUACUACCUGAAGACGUGAAAAACGAAAGUAGUGCAUCUCAUCCACUUCGUGAAGAUUUUGAUUGGGUGACAGACUCCACUUCUGAAGAAGAAGAAUUUCUUUCGAUGACAGAGGAAAUCCUCAGGAAUCAGAUGUCUUGUACUGGGAUUAGAAUGGCAAGAAAAUCUCUCUUAGGAAAAAAACAGAACCUUAUAAGGAAAAGAGUUAAAUCAGAGGAACUGAUGGAUAUGUGUAGAAAAGAGAAAGUAUCUCAUAGAUUUACUUCAUGGCAAGCACCUACUGUUGAAGCAGACAUUGAGAAUCCUGCUAACCAUGAAGGCAAAGUAGACCAGUUUACUAAUGGGAACAUUGCUGAUGAUGAAGAUGAUUAUGAAGAAAAAACACUUGCAGCUAUGAUCUCCAAUAAACAGAGUGAUGACAUAAUGCAUAAACCUACUCGGAAAGCUGUGAAAUUAAGCAAGCCACUUCGCAGGCCUAGGCUACCAGCUUGUCUUACAAAUGUACCUGGUUGUUUUACAUAUACAGAUGAAUUAGUUGGAGAACAGCAUGAGAGUUCACAAGAGUUAACAGAGAGCAGAGAAAAUGCAGAUGAUUUUUGCAAAGCUGAGAAAAAAAAUGAAAUGGCUAUGACCCAUCAAAGUGAACAUUUCAGUAAGUUGAUCGAAGACUUAUCUGACAAGGAAGAGGAAUAUAAUGUUGAACUUGAGAAUGGAUCAGCAAGAGUUAGCAACAAGUAUUGUUUUAUGGGCGAAACUUGUUUUCAUCAAAAAAUCAUUGGUGUGUGCACAAGCAGACAAGAUGACUGGAGGAAUGCCAGUGAGGACGAGACCUUCAAUUAUAUGCUGUCUCAAAUCAGUUUGUUUCCAGGAAAGCAAAGGAACAUGGAAGACAAAGCUAACAAAGUCCAAUUGGAAAGUCAGCAAGAUGAUGAUGAUGAUGAUGAUUAUGAAACAGAGAGACAGGUCUUGAAUGAUUGCCCGCACAGUUUGUCAGCAGAAUUGGUUUAUAUUGCUUAUGGGCCACCGGAUGAUUCUCUUUUCAAGCCUAUUGGUGUAGCAGAAUUACAAGAUGGAAAAGUGGUGGUGGCUGAUACAUUUAAUGAUCGAAUUGCCCUCUUUGAUAGCAGUGGAGAGUUUAUUAAAUAUUUCAGGACUCAAAGUAUGCGUCGACCCUCGGCGUUGUUGCCCUUCAGAAUGGUAGAUAUGCUGUUAAAGAUUCACAUAGCAUCACCAUAUUUUCAAAUGAUGAGUGUUCUGAUAACACGGUUAUGACUGGAUUGAGGAACCCAUAUGGUCUGACCCUGAAUGGUAAUGGAGAUCUUAUGACAGUUCAAUCAACAAUACCUGGGUGUGUGGAGGUACUGACCAUCAGCCCAGAGUCUGGGAAGAUUAUAAAACAGUUGAAAAUAGAGCUGUGUUCUCCAUUAGAAGGUCAACGGCUUCUAAGUAAACCAAGGUUCAUCAGUUAUCAAAAGGAAGAUAGACUUUUAAUUGUGGACUUGGGCCUAAACUGCAUCAAUGUUGUAGAUAUGAAAAGUGGCAAACUUCUGUUUGUUUUUGGAGAAAAAGGGAAACAGCCUGGCCAGCUUUUAGAUCCUUCAGGGAUAGCAUGUGACAUCGAUGGAUACAUUUUAGUUGGAGAUAGUCGAAAUCAUAGAGUGCAGAUUUUUGACUCCGAUGGUAAUUUUGUGUGCGUAUUGACCACGAGCACUAAACUCUCUCGUCCUUCAGGAAUGUGUUUGACACCUGAUGGACACUUGUACAUUCUCAAUUAUUGGGAUAAUUCACUUGCUAAGUACACUAUACAAAACUAAUUGUAAUAAAUAUUAAACCAAGUUGUCAUUGUUUAAUGCUUGCAAAAAGCCAUGCCCCAAUGUGUUAGUUUUUAACAAUCCUUGUCAUAAUUGCAAAGCAUAUAAAAAUAAACAUUUCAUAAGUGUCAACAACUUUGCAGGUUAAACUUUGUUCCCCUCAUAUGUCAAAGUCAAAUCUUACAUUUUUGUAACAGGUAGGGUUUAGUUAUUUGCACAUUGCUUUUUGUUGUUGAUUUUGUAAUGUAUGUGCUCUUGAGAAUGUAACCUUCAAGGACAAAAUUAUUAUUUGAUGGCAAAUAAUAAUUGUAAAUGAGUAGUAUUUGUUUGCAUAAAGUAACAUAUCUUUAUUAUAAGUGAAAAGUUACUUACAUCUUUGUUGAAGUUUGUGAAAAGGAACAAUAACUUGCAUCUUCUAGUUAUUAUUUAGGGGCACCGAUGUAUCCGUAGUGUUAAUUUACAGUAUGUUUGUGAAGUGUAACAGUGAAAGCAGUUAUUUAUAGUAGUAUAAUUGUAAUUAUAAAAGACAUGAAUUGUUUGAUAGUUUAGAGCUAUAGUUCUAAUAAGCUGUAUAAAAUAAAAGACACAGGGUAGCAUCUUACAUUCUCUUCAUUUCAGAGUAUGGUAAUGAAUUCAUAUUGUGGCCUUUAUAGUAGCGUUGUUUGGCUUGGCUUAAUGAAAAAAUUACAUGGACAAGCUUAUGUUUUUAAAGGAAUAAGGAUUUAGUCUUAAACAAAAAAGUUGUUUUAUUCAAGUAUCAGUUUUUCCUCUUUUUCUCAAUUUUAAUUUUAAUUUUUUUUUUGUAGAAUUGGAAUUCUAGUUCAUUUAUCCUUUGAGGAACAUGCCUUUGUAAUU